AUGACAAAGAAUGUCUGGCCUGAGCACGACCUCUCGAUCCAAGUAAUUCUGUAUUGCUCAGAGAUCGAUAAUGGUUGCCAUGGAGGUUUGCCCAUUCACAUUUACCAGUAUGCGAACGAGGUGGGAAUCCCCGAAGAGGGUUGCCAGCGCUACGAGGCUCGUGACAACGAAGUGUGUGACGACAUUCACAUCUGCCAGAAUUGCGAUGCGGAGAGUUGCUGGGCGGUGCAUAACUACACGAAGUACUACGUGGAGGAGUACGGCCAUGUGGAGGGCGUGGAGAACAUCAUGAAGGAAAUCUACGCGCAUGGACCUGUCACCUGCUCGAUCGACGUUCCCGACGAUCUCCUGGAGUACAAGGGAGGAAUCUAUGAAGACAAGACCGGAAUUGCCGGCGAUGGCCACGAUAUCAGCGUCGUGGGAUGGGGCGAGGAGAACGGAAUUCCUUACUGGAUCGUUCGCAACAGCUGGGGAACCUACUGGGGCGAGGAGGGCUUCUUCCGGAUUGUGCGCGGCAAAAACAAUCUGGGAAUCGAAGAGGGAUGCACCUACGGUAUUCCUCGGAUCCCUGAGGAGAAGAUCACGAACCCUGUCUCGCUGGGAGUCAAGCACAGAAUCAACUACUUCCCUCAAGGCUGCGUGCUGGAGAGCCGAAAGGAAAUGGAGGAAGUGAUCAAAUCGCCGCUUCCGCACACCUACAUCAAGACGGAGGAUCUUCCGACGAGCUACGAUAUCCGCAACAUUGACGGCUAUAACUACGCGACGUGGGACAAGAACCAGCACAUUCCUCAUUACUGCGGAUCGUGCUGGGCGCAGGCUCCCACCUCCGCGCUGUCGGACCGAAUCAACCUGAUGCGCAAGGGCAAGUGGCCGACGAUCAACCUCUCCGAGCAGGAAGUCAUCAACUGCUCGGGAGGCGGUUCUUGCCAUGGCGGCCUUCCUGAUGUGGUGUAUUCCUACGCCUACCGCGAGGGAAUCCCCGAUCAGACCUGCGCGGUGUACGAGGCGAUCGAUAAGUACUGCGAGCCCAUCAAUCGAUGCAAAAACUGCUGGCCGGACGAGCCUUGCUUCGCUGUCGAGGAGUAUCGCCGCGUGAAGGUGAGCGAGUACGGCUACGUGAAGGACGCUGCGCACAUGCAGGCCGAGAUCUACGCGCGAGGUCCCAUCAGCUGUGUGAUGGACGUGACGCAGACCUUCCUGGACUACACGGGCGGAGUGUUCACAAGCCGAGAAGGCAAGUGGCUGGGUAAGCACGCCGUGGAAGUGACUGGUUGGGGAGUGGACGAGGAGACGAGAACGCCCUACUGGAUCGUUCGCAACAGCUGGGGCACGUAUUGGGGCGAGAAUGGCUGGUUCCGGAUUGCGAUGGGUCAGAACCUGCUGAACAUCGAGCAGAUGUGCACUUGGGGAGUGCCAGUGAUCGACUUCUGA